AUGCGAAACGAACUACUUACGGUUAUGAUCUUAAGCCAUUUUCACAGUCCAGUUUUGGCACUGCUCGCAGCAUUCCUUGUUACUUCUGCAGCUGCUUCUAAUCAUGCUCUUCAAAACGAGCUUACCACCUUGCAGAGUCUGCCGGACACUUGGGUGUCUCAAGGAUGUUAUGUGGAUGUUGGUCGUACAUUAUUCGAGGGAGAAUACAUUGACAGCACAAAUAUGACAGAUGAAUCCUGUAUCUCAUAUUGUACCUCCAAAAGCCUCAACUAUGCUGGAACAGAGUAUGCCUCAGAAUGCUAUUGCGGCAAUAGUCUUGCAGCUGGAGCUGGGCGUGCGAUAGCUUCAGACUGUAGCAUGAAAUGCCCAGGAAAUGCUACCGAGUUUUGCGGUGGCCCAAACAGACUGAAUCUUUUCUGGAACGGCAAAUCACCACCUCAAACUAACCCUGGGUCUGGACUCUGGAGCUUUGCCGGGUGUUACACAGAAGGUCAAACAGGCCGACUUUUGAUAUAUCAAGUUAUAGCUUCUCCCAUGACGGUUGAUAUCUGCACAGCAGCAUGUCAAGAAGGGGGCUAUUCACUGGCUGGGGUUGAAUACGCUGACGAAUGCUGGUGUGGAAAUCAAUUGUCUAACGGAGGAGGUGUUGCACCUGAGGGCGUUAGCGGCUGUUCCACGUUAUGCGCAGGCAACUCUUCAGAGUUUUGUGGGGGGACCAAUCGACUGGAUGUAUAUGACUUUAACAAUACCGUUAUUGUUACCGCGCCAUUUACUGCUACCACUGCUGGAACAGCACCUUCUUCCACGAGUCCCCCAUCAAUUCAACAAACAGUUGGUGUGUAUACAUACUUUGGGUGUCAGACUGAAGCUACAAGCGCUCGAGCACUUGCCUCCAAGGCUUCUGAUGCUGGAAAUAUGACACUGGAGUCAUGUGAAGCAAGCUGCAUUGGUUACACCUAUUUUGGAACCGAAUAUGGACGAGAAUGCUAUUGUGGCAACACCUUUUCCGCUGGCUCUGUUUCAGCUCCAAACACAGACUGUAGCUUUCCUUGUGCGGGAAAUAGUUCCGAAUUCUGCGGUGCUUCCGGAAGAUUGACCGUAUAUUUACUAAACAAUACUCUAAGCUCUACCGCUCCUCCUUCCGCUCCGUCGACAGCUAUCACAGAUCUUCCUACUGGAUGGAUUUACAGUGGCUGCUGGGUUGAUGGAUCACAAGGUCGUGCUCUGACAUAUCAGCAACCUGAUAAUCAGAAUCUUACUGUCGAAUCUUGUGUUGCGACAUGCUCCGGACUAAACUACAUUGUCGCAGGCAUGGAGUAUAGCUCUGAAUGUUUUUGUGAUAAUUUUGUCGGGAAUGGAGGUGUUCUUGCAACCUCACCUGCUGACUGUAACAUGCCGUGCAGUGGUAAUUCGAGUGAAAUUUGCGGUGCUGGAAAUAGAUUGUCCGUCUACUCCUUUGGCAGUGUGCAAACAUCUCAACCUGCGACCGUUCAACAAAGAGAUUUACCUGGUGAUUGGAACUACAAAGGGUGCCUCGAGUCAGUUGCCUCUCAAGAGCUGUCCGAUUUCAUGCAGGCUGAUAGAUGUCAAGUAUUUGGCUAUAAUGCAGCUGGCCUGGAGUACGGCUCUCAAUGCUUUUGUGGCGACGUGGGGAAUAUUAUAACGGCUGGAGCAUCACUGAUUAGUGAAUCUAAUUGCCAAGUCGUCUGCUCUGGUAAUUCCUCUACUAUAUGCGGCGGAGACAGUCUCUUAUCUUAUUACUCAUGGGAUGGACCGGCGCUCUACAAUUGGUCAUUUCCAGUGGGACCCAAUGCUGGUGAACACUCAUUGCUAAUAGGCGGUGUAUGCAUACCACUGAUGGUGUCCCAAAUGAUUACUGGCAAGGUGACAUUUGUUGAAAAGUUCGGGACGGGCGAGCCAAACUCGACAGGCGCAUAUGAGUUAGAUCUCUCAGCAAUCGAUAAUUUUACACUGGCAUGGAGACCAAUGCAUGUUAAAACUGAUGUCUUCUGCUCCGCGGGACUUAUUCUUCCAGAUGUUGCUGGGAGACAGAUAGAUGUAGGAGGGUGGUCCGGCGAAUCAACGUACGGUGUACGACUUUACUGGCCGGAUGGAUCCCCUAAUGUCUGGGGAUCCAAUGAUUGGCAGGAAAAUGUGAACGAGGUGCGCCUUGUAGCUCGAUGGUACCCUACGGCAAUGAUUAUGGCAAAUGGCUCGAUUUUGAUCAUCGGUGGCGAAGAAGGGUCGAAUGCCCCUGCAUCUCCAAGCUUAGAGUUACUCCCUCCAACAGGCGCCCCAGUUCUCAAUCUAGAUUUUCUUGCUCGUACGGACCCCAAUAACCUUUAUCCAUUCCUUACGGUCAUUCCAUCUGGUAUUUUUGUUGCAUACUAUAAUGAAGCAAGAAUUCUUGAUGAAGUCACAUUUGAGACUAUCAAGACACUGCCUAACAUUCCGGGUGCUGUGAAUGAUCCGAAUGGUGGACGAAACUAUCCUCUCGAGGGGGCCAUGGUUUUACUACCUCAGGUUUACCCUUACACAAAUCCCAUCGAAGUGCUCAUUUGUGGCGGUUCCACACCUGGGGGCGGCUUCGCCAUCGAUAAUUGUGUUUCUAUGCAACCUGAAGCUGAGAAUCCUACUUGGCUAAUUGAAAGAAUGCCAUCGCGCCGUGUAAUGCCAUGUUUGGCUUCUCUUCCAGAUGGUACAACACUCAUCCUGAAUGGCGCACAUCAUGGUUUCGCUGGAUUUGGACUCGGCUCAGACCCCAACUUCAACGCUGUCCUAUACGACCCCCGACUUCCCAUAAACUCACGUAUGAGUGUAAUGGCCAAUACGUCGUUUGCCCGUCUUUAUCAUUCCGAAGCAAUUCUUCUUCUUGAUGGACGAGUGAUGGUGUCUGGAUCCGAUCCACAAGACAAUGUUCAUCCAGAGGAAUAUCGAGUUGAAAUAUUCACGCCUCCUUAUCUUCUCUCCGGUCUUCCUCGUCCGACUUUUUAUAUGAAUAACACGGAUUGGUCCUAUUCGCAAGUUGUUCCUUUCACCAUUACCUCCAACUUUACUUCGACGGCAAACCUCAACUUUUCCGUCCUUGGCUCCGUUGUGAGUACGCAUGGUAAUUCUAUGGGUCAACGAACGCUUUUUCCUCAAUUGGCCUGUGGAUUUAACAACACUUGUACUGUUACUGCGCCUCCGAAUGCACAUAUUUGUCCGCCAGGCUGGUAUAUGGUAUUUGUCCUCGAUGGACCCACUCCGUCUGCUGGGGCAUGGGUAAGAAUUGGUGGGGAUCCAGCACAAUUGGGGAAUUGGCCCAAUGCUCCUGGUUUUUGA